AUAAAAUUGCACAGAUCAAAGUAGAACUCUCCUGUGACCUCCUCACCUCAAGGGCCUGCGUUCAAGAGAACCGAUCCCAGUUCCCAGCCAGUUGCGUAUACCACUGAAGGAAAAUGAACAGACUGAACAGCCACCACUUUUUGUACUUUCUGCCUACCACACGCCUUGUCAUCUUAUUAGUAGCUUUGACAACUGCUGAGCAUGUGACUAAUAGCACUUUCAACCGCACUGACAUGAACACGGGAUCUGCGCCUGUGGUGAUCUCCCGCAUCGACCAUAUUAUAGUCAAGGAGGCGAGUAGUGCCUUGAUCGACUGCAAUGUCCAAGGUAGUCCUAGUCCACUUUACAGAUGGUACAAUUCCAACGGCCGCCUGCUCCAAGAGGAAGAGAACAAAGCAGGAAAAUGGUGGUUUCUUGACAACGGGCUACUAAACAUUACCAGCGUGUCUUUUGAAGACAGAGGUAAAUACACGUGUGUUGCAUCUAAUAUGUAUGGCAGUGUUAACAAUACUGUGACGCUGAGGGUUGUUUUUACCUCCGGAGAUAUGGGAAUCUAUUACAUGAUUGUCUGCCUUGUAGCUUUUACCAUUGUUAUGAUACUGAACAUUACUCGGUUAUGUAUGAUGAGCAGUCAUCUGAAGAAAACAGAGAAAGCAAUCAAUGAAUUCUUCAGAACAGAAGGGGCAGAGAAGCUCCAGAAAGCCUUUGAGAUUGCAAAGCGUAUCCCCAUUAUCACUUCAGCCAAAACGCUUGAGCUUGCCAAAGUAACCCAGUUUAAGACCAUGGAAUUUGCUCGCUAUAUUGAAGAGCUCGCUCGGAGCGUACCUUUGCCACCUCUCAUCAUGAACUGCAGGACUAUAAUGGAAGAAAUUAUGGAGGUUGUCGGUCUGGAGGAGCAAGGACAGAAUUUUGUACGGCAGACAGCAGAAGGCCAGGAAACCACUGAAACAGAUGAGCUGUACAUGAUCCCAAAUGCUUUGAAGCGCAGUGACUCUCCCACAGCAGACUCUGAUGCAUCGUCACUGCACGAACCACCUCAACAGAUUGCAAUAAAAGUGUCAGUUCACCCGUUGUCCAAAAAGGACUGCAUGGACGGUCAGUCGCAAGAAAGCGUGCAGUUGGACACCAAGGAAGAAGACACUCCUCAAACACCAGCACUUCCUGCAGAGCCCCCUCCUGAGCCUUCUGCCGAACUCAGUUCUGAUGACACAGCAUUGGCGAAUGACAAAAAUACAUGCGUUAUAUAUGAAAGCCAUGUAUGAUAGUUACUCCUGAAUCUAUGCAUAGCAGGAAAAUCAGGUGGAGCUCUUUUAAAGAUACAUAUUGUACUUGCCGCUAAGCCUUACCUGGAGACUAUCAUAGCAAAAGCAUGUAUGUGGAUUAUUUGGCACUUUCUUCUCAGUUUGACUUUAGUUUACCAUGAUGUAUGGCAGAGUAAUUGCUAUUACAUUAAUAUUAAUUGCUCUUUUCAAUUAGUAUUUCCAAGAAACAUUUACCUCAGCAUUUUCUAGGUUGGAGUCACCUGUAGUGGCCUCCUGGAAGUCAUUGGUAGUCUUUGGUGUAGGACACUUGAACAUACUAAACACAAAAUGGGUUUUCAUUUUCCUCCUUCCCUCUCGUUAUUUCCAUCUAUUGCAUUUUUGCAAAUAUUAUCUUGUGAAUUUGAAAUAUUGCCCAAAAGGCAGCACUCCAGUAGCCAAAUAAAAUCCUAAUAGAUCCCAUUUACAAAGCCUGCUUGCUCAGCUGCAUUGUGAUUUAGAGGGCUAUUAAAGAAAGUUAAAAUGUUUCCAUUUCAUUUGAGACC